AUGAAAUUGGUAGUACUAGCGUGGUUCGUGUUGGCGGUGACGGCCGUCAAACACGAGCUUUUCAAGACGUGUGCCCAGCUGGGGUUCUGUACUCGUCAAAGACACUACGCCAACCACGUGUCAACAAGCCACUACGCGAUCGACCCUAAGUCGAUCUCUAUUUCCACCGACAAGGUCGAAGCCCAAUUGAUUAAAAAAUGGCCGGGUCACCUGAUAGCAUUCCCCAUUUCCAUCCACGGUAUUGUGGGUAAUCAAUUACGCGUGAUUAUCGAUGAAGACCGUUCCCUGGCUCAGGGAGAGACGGGGUUGGUGAACCCUCGCAGAUACAAUGAGACGGGAAAAUGGGCCUUCAAUGGGGGUCAAGUGGAGACGCAAGCGUUUAAGCUGGCCAAGGUGCAAAAGAACCAAUUGGUCAUCGAGUAUGGUGAACAUCUGCGGGCAGAAAUCGAUCUCGCUCAGUUUGUCAUUAACUUCUUUUAUGACGGUGAACUCGAGCUUUCAGUUAAUGAAAAUAAUUACUUGAAUAUCGAACACUGGCGGGAAGAGGAUGAAGCCGACGAAGACGGCAACCUCAUGGCUGAAGAAUUGGACUUUGAUUUGUUCCUGGACUCAUUUAAGGAUCUGGCGGCUGACCUGGUGCCAGUUGGUCCCGAACUGGUUGCCCUCGACUUCCAAUUCAAAAAGCAUCAUCACCUUUACGGUAUCCCCGAACACUCCGACCAAUUCAGACUUCCGCUGACCAAAGGCGGUGAACCCUUCCGUCUUUACAACGUUGACAUCUUCGAAUACGAAACGUCGUCGCGUUUGCCCAUGUACGGUCUGAUUCCCUUCGUCAUUGCUCCUGGGUCUCUGUCGGUUGGGGUCUUUUGGGUUAACGCUGCUGAUACCUGGGUCGAUAUUGACUACAAUGACGAAGGAUCGCACACCCAUUUCAUGCUGGAAAAUGGUGUUGUUGAUUUUAUCGUCACUAUCGAGCCGAAAGUUGCUGAUGUUAACCGCCAAUAUGGUAAAGUCGUGGGCAACACCAUGUUGCCGCCGCUUUUCCUGUUGGGGUAUCAUCAAUGUCGGUGGAACUACAACGAUGAAGCUGACGUGCUCGAUAUCAACAGCAAGUUUGAUGAGCAUGGCAUUCCUUAUGAUACUAUCUGGUUGGACGUUGAGUAUGCCGACCGCAAGCACUACUUCACGUGGCAGGAAGACAAGUUCCCCAACCCGGGGAGAAUGGCCCGUAAGCUUGAUCGUAUUGGGCGCCACUUGGUUGUGAUUAUCGACCCUCAUCUUGCCACUGGCUACUUCGCCAGUGAAGAACUCAUUGACGAUGGCCUGGAGAUGAAAAACAGCAAGGGUGAAACGUUCAAGGGUCACUGUUGGCCCGGUGAGCUGGUGUGGGUGGACACGCUUAACCCCAAAGGUAGAGCGUUCUGGGCUUUCCAAUACCAACGGUUUUUGAGCAACUACACCACUAAAAACGUUCACUUUUGGAACGAUAUGAACGAGCCAAGUGUGUUUGAUGGACCAGAAACCACCGCCCCUAAAGAUAAUUUGCACUUUGGCAACUGGGAGCAUCGCUCCAUCCACAACAUUUACGGGCUUACUCUUCAUGAAGCUACCUACCUGACCAUCAAUGAUGGCGAUGAACGUCCCUUCAUUUUGACUCGGCUGUAUUACGCUGGCAGUCAGCGCACGGCUGCGAUGUGGUUUGGUGACAAUCUCCCUACUUGGGAACACUUGCGAACCCUGGUGCUGAUGUUGUUAACGCAUAAUGUCGUUAACUACCCAUUCGUGGGUGUUGACAUUGGUGGAUUUUUCGGCGACCCUCUGCCCGAGUUAUUAACCAGAUGGUUCCAAACCUCUAUUUUCUACCCGUUUAUGAGACAACAUGCUCAUCUUGACACUCGUCGCCGGGAGCCGUGGGUGGCAGGAGGCGUCUACACCGACGCCAUGAGAAACGCUAUCAGAUUGCGGUACUCAAUGCUUCCCAUUUGGUACACUGCAUUCCACCAGCUGGCGCUCACAGGGGUACCGGUGGUGAAGCCGAUGUUUUAUGAGGUCAACGACGACGCCGUGAUGGAGAUUGAAGACCAGUUCUUUGUUGGCGACCUGGGGAUCAUGGCUAAACCGGUGAUGGAUGCUGGUGCCAAUAAGGUGAAGAUGUACAUCCCUCAAGGCCAACACAAGUAUAUCGAUUAUACUGAUGGUGACUUUGGUCUGCUGGUUAAGGUGUAUCAACCCGGUACUACUGCUACUAUCGGUGCCCCCAUCACUUCGAUUCCCAUGGUCGUUCGCCAAGGCCUGGCGUUUUUCCGUAAGCGGAGAUACCGGCGCCUGACGCGGCUUAUGGCCCAGGACCCUUACACCCUCACGAUUGUGGUCGACGAUAACGGCAAUGCCCACGGACGGUUGUACAUCGACGACGGCCACCUGUUCUCAUAUAAACAAGGCGAGUUCCUCGAGUUGGAGGUGACGGCUACCGCUCUGGCCAUCACCGUUGACGUGGUGUCCCAAGACUCGAGUGACGCCAACUACUCGGCACAGCUUGCGGCGAUGGUAGAGAUUGACCAGAUCCAAGUUGUGCUGGCUUCAGGCUUCGCUGAUGUCAGCCUGGUGUCGGCCGACAGCGGUGCCGACACGCACUACGUCAUUGACGGACUGGUGAUGACCAUCACCGCCCAUCACCCCAUCAGCCAAUCGAUGACGUUGACGAUUUCCCGAGACGUUGUUGACGAGCUUUAG